AUGAAUCUAUUGGAUUCUGUAAUUCCUCCUCAACUUUGGCUAUCCACAAAUCUUGUGAACUUGUAUCUAGAUGAUAACUUUCUAAUAGGGGAGUUGCCUCCCUACUUAUCAAACCUUUCCAAACUACAAGUGUUAGAUUUAGCUGAUACUCAACUUUCAGGUUACAUUCCCUCAAACAUUGGGGAUCUACAAAAUUUGCAUCAUCUUUACCUUGAGGGUAACCACUUCUCUGGUCCAAUUCCCCCCACACUUGGAAAUUUGACACAGCUCUCACAGUUACAACUUUCAAGGAACAAUCUUAGUGGAUCAAUACCAUGGGAAAUAGGAUAUUUAACAUCUCUAUCUUUGUUUUCCAUAAAUUCCAACUUGCUUCAUGGACCCCAGACCUUAUUAGUCAUUUGCAAUCUCACAUCUGUUACAGAACUUUCUUUAGCAGAUAACAUAUUGAAUGGGCAAAUUCCAAAAUGCUUGGGGAACAUCAGGAAUCUAAGUGUAAUUAGUCUUGGAGAAAAUCAGUUUCACGGGGGCAUUCCAGAAUCACUGUGCAAUGCAAGCCAACUUCAGUAUCUUGGCUUGAGCAUCAAUUACUUGAAUGGUGUAAUUCCAAAGUGUAUAGGAAAUUUUAGCAAGGAACUCUCAUCCAUGACACUUGACCAAAAUAAUUUUAAUGGUCCUAUACAUACGGAGUUUUGUAGUUCUACUACCCCUUUCAAAAUCCUUGAUCUAUCUCAUAACACUUUGAGCGGUGUAAUUCCUCCAUGUUUAGGAAAUCUGAGCUCAACACUGUCACUGCUGGAUUUAAGCAUGAAUCACUUUCAUGGAACCAUUCCAGCACAAGUUUCAAGGGGUAAUGUUCUUAAAGCUCUCAUCUUGGACCAUAACCAAUUUGAAGGACCUUUACCCCCUACUCUCCUCAACUGUACAGCUCUCCAAGUCCUUGAUGUUGGAAACAACAAGUUAAAUGACUCUUUCCCACACUGGUUAGAUGCUCUUCCACACUUGGUAGUGCUCGUCCUAAGAUCAAAUCAUUUUCAUGGAGUGAUUGGAAAUUCUACAACCGAGCUUCCCUUCCCUAGGUUGCGAGUUUUUGAUCUCUCCAACAAUUAUUUCACUGGACCUCUUCCUACAUAUUAUUUGCUACAUUUUACUGGGAUUAUAAAUAAUAUUAGUUCCGACUUACGAGUAACAAACAAAAAUAGCCUAUUCUCUUACGGAGAAGAUAGCUCUGCAGUGCUAGUGGUGAAAGGGUUAGAGCAGUCUGUUGUACGAAUUCUAAACCUUUACACGAGCAUCGACUUAUCAAGUAACAUGUUCCAUGGAGAGAUUCAUGUUUCCAUAGGAAACCUUUAUACUCUUCAACUUCUUAAUCUGUCUCACAACAGGCUGAUUGGCCAUAUACCAUCAGCAUUGGGAAACCUAACUUUGCUGGAAGCCUUAGACAUGUCUUGCAAUCAACUGAUUGGGAAGAUUCCUUGGCAAGUGUCGAAGCUUGGAUUUCUUGAAGUACUAAACCUCUCCUAUAAUCAUUUAUAUGGAGAGAUACCGCGCAGUAGACAACUUGAUACAUUUGGCAACGAUUCCUAUAUGGGAAACACAGCAUUGUGCGGUUUUCCAAUGACGGUGGGAUGUGAAGCUAAAAAACCACAAGUGCAAUCACAAGAGGAGGAGGAGAAUUCAGGUUUUUUUAAUGGGUUUUCUUGGCAGAGCGUGAUAACAGGAUACUGUUGUGCAUUUCCAUUUGGAGUUUGUGUGGAAUAUUUUGCUCUGAAAUAUGGAAAAUUGAACUGGUUGCUAAGGAAACUCACAUGGAAGAGAGGAAAGGGUUCCAAGAGACAUGCCAGAAGAACAAAUUAA